AUGGAGCCGUUCAAAUUAAUGGAGACUCCGUUUCUAGUAUUCCAAAAGAUUAUAAAACUGAUGAGAAUUAUUGAGGUGUUUGAAAUGUCUCAAACAUCAAAACGAAUGUUCGUUCGUAUCAAAAAUUCAAGACGCCGAGUCCAACCGAUCUUUCUGUUCAAACAAGAAAAUGGUCGAUCGAUUGGUGUGUAUGAGAAAAAUGAUGUGAAUUCGGAGUUCACUAUUCAUCUGACAUUGGAGAAGUGGGAAGAGGAUGUGCAGAGACAGUUGACAGUGGAUGGGACAAUCUUUCAUGUUUGGUAG